UGUUUUGAUCAUGCCUCCGUUACUGUAACCUCUUGUUGUUGUGGUUUGCGUGCUUUAUUUCCCCCCCCCCUCCCAAUCUCCUUUUUCUUCUUUAUUUUUGUUGACGUUUUAAUUCCCCACAAAUGAGUUCCCCGCUGUUCUUAGGGCAGUUGGUCGGGGUUCCCGUGGAAACAAUGAAUCCCGGUGCCGUGGAGAAAGACACGACUCGCACGAAGAUUUUUGUCGGCGGCUUGCCGUAUCAUUCCGGCGACGCUUCACUUCUGAAAUAUUUCGAGACUUUCGGGGAUGUCGUCGAGGCAGUGGUGAUCACCGACAAACACACGGGCAGGUCACGAGGAUACGGUUUCGUGACCAUGGCGGACGGCGCGGCCGCAGAGCAGGCGUGCAAGGAUACUAACCCCAUCAUCGACGGCAGAAAAGCUAACGUCAACUUGGCGUAUUUGGGAGCCAAGCCACGCGGCUCACGCACAAGUCUCUCUGCCGGGGUUCCCGUCCAGCAAGUUCAUCCUGCAUGGGCUCAAAGGCACUACGGGCUGGCUCAUCCUUACAUCUACCCUCCAACGUUCCUACAGCCCAGCAUGCUACUGCAGUCCAGCAUCGGCCCACCCUGCUUCACUCCCUCUGGAUUGGAACACUACUCGUACAGCCCGUCGCCACUGCCCUACCUGAGCUACAACUUCUCACCUGGAAUGUCAGCUCACGCUCUGGUCGCAUCGCAAACUCCGUCCACCGCCACCUAUUCGCCUCUGGCCAUGAUCUCCGCGUUACCUGCCACCCCGCAGGUCACCAUUCCGAACCUUGUGUACCAGCACUACUGCGCUCAGUGAGCAGCGAUGUGUCGGUACAACGUGGCGUCAUUGAAAAGGGCUUAUUGAAAGCGCUCCUGACUUUUUUUUAUGUUUGUUGUAAUAAGUCAUAAAAGUGUUAUUUUGUUUCUUCAUACAACCUGAAUGUUAGUACUGUCCAGUUCGGGACGAGAAUAAAUGGGCCCAGAGGAUGGAGAACACAUAAAGCGGCAGCACAAUGAUUACUUUUUUUAACCUCUUUAAACUUAGCUGACUUGGUGGGCUCAUCAAAACAUCUCUAUCCUCCGAUAACCAUUUGAAAAUUUUAUUGUGUUUAUCCUACCUGCAUAUAUUGAUGUAGUUCCUGACUUCAGGUGAUAUUUCGGUUCUUAUGCUAAAUUAGGUUGGACAUGACAACACUGGAUUUAUGCUCUUUUUUUUCUUAUGGGGGGAGGCUGAAGCAGGAUGCUUUUUGAGAUUUGUUGCGGUUGGAACAAGAAAGAUUUUUGUGGUUGAGUUCCAACUGUGUAAAUGUUGCAUCUCGAAAUUGCUUUGUUGUGAAAGGAGAGCGGAGCAAUGCAAUACAUCCCAGUGUCAGGUCGAAGCUUCUCUUGCAGCUCAUUGUUGUAAUCAGAGUUGGUUGUUUUUUGUUUUUUUUCGGGCAGCUUUAGAAUGGGACUCAUGCUUAAGUGAAGCUGGAUUGGCAUCUCUUGUUUCUAUGGAGCCACCUUUGUUAUUUAAAAGAAGCCAUAUGUAAUCUUAAGUACUUUGUAAGAAUAUGCAAAAUAAAAGCAAUGUUUCCUAUGA